AUGUCCGCAGGAAAGUGGAUCAAGAUGUUUGUGGUUGGUACUGUCGUCGCCGUAGGAGGACCGUUAUUUGUUCAAUCGAUUCGACCGACGGACGAGGAAUUGUUCAAUAGAUAUAGUCCCGAUUUAAAGAAAGCCGCGCUCGAGAACCGCGAUCGACAGGAGAGGGAAUACAAUGAAUACGUUAAUAAGUUAAAAGAGUGGUCCAAGUCAGAUAAGUCGAUUUGGUUCGCCGUCAAAGAAGAAGAGGAAGCGCGAUUGAGAUCCAAGACAUUGCCUACGUCGUCUCAAUCGAAAGAGGAUGAGCGAAUACAGAGGGAAGAGAUGCGCAGGGAGCUCCAAGGGGAAAGGGAAAAGUGAUUGUCUCGCAAG